UUUUCUCGAUGUAUAGACGACAAAAAGAACAUAUUCAUCGGCUCAAUAGCGACGCUAAUCUCUCUCGCGGAGCGAGCCGCGUGCGGCAAGGCAACGGCUAUGUGUGUUUCAACGCGCGCGUUAUCGUCGCGAAGGUUUCAGAAAAAUAAGUCGGCCACGCUUCGUCCACGGGUAAUUAAGAUAGUUCGAUUUGUCUUUUUGCAUACUGGUGUCGUCAUUCAUCGCUGUGUUGAAUUACAUAUGUAGCGAAACGUCGAUCGACGCGGAUCUAAGAAGAUCUCGCAAUGCGGAUGUCGCCGAUAAGAAGAGGAAGCGAAUAAUCAGUGGCAGUAGUGUUUUCCGGUAGUGCGCACAGUUCGGAACACAAUUAAGAUGGCAACGACGAACGCACAAAUCGGUCCAACGUACGCGUAUGAGAAGCACCUGAACGAUUGUUCGAUCAAGAUGUUCUUCGCCGAAAAGGUGAUACUGUUAACCGGUGCCACGGGUUUCGUGGGAAAAGCCCUGCUGGAGAAAUUGCUGCGAACGUGUCCCGCUGUGACCAGAAUUUUCGUCCUGAUACGUCCAAGGACGAAGCAGUCCAUCGAGGAACGAUUCAACAAGCUCCUGGAAAAUCCUAUUUUUGACAAGAUACGAUGCGACUUCCCGGACGUGUUGAACAAGGUCUUUCUCGUGAAAGGCGACCUGGGCCUACCAGACAUAGGACUUCAUACCGAGGACAAGGAGAUGUUGAUACAAAGCGUUAAUGUUGUUUUUCACAGCGCGGCCACCGUGCGUUUCGUCGAGUCGUUGAAAGUGGCCGUCAAUCUGAACACAAAAGGCACCGACCGCCUGUUGGAUCUGUGCAAGUGCAUGAGGAAUCUCGUCAGCGUUGUUCACGUUAGCACGGCCUACAGUAACGCCGACCGACGUGAAAUCGAGGAAUCGAUAUACACCACAAAUGUGAAACCUCACACGGUGAUUGAUAUGUGCGAAAACUUGGACGACGCGACGUUAGAAAUACUCGAGAAGAGACUGAUCGGCAAACAUCCGAACACGUACACGCUGACGAAGAAUUGGGCGGAACAGAUCGUGCUCUCGAAAGGGAGAAACAUGCCGAUCGCGAUCGUACGGCCGAGUAUAGUCGGUGCCGCUUAUCAGGAACCCUUUCCCGGGUGGAUAGACAAUGUCUGCGGUAUCACAGGUAUAAUGACGGAGAUCGGUCGGGGAACCGUUCGAAGUAUCGUUUGCAACAAGGAUUUAAUAGUGGACAUGAUUCCCGUCGAUUUCGUUGUCGACACGUUGAUCUGCGCGGCGUGGUACAACAGUGUGGAACGGACCGACACGGUCAAGAUUUACAAUUGUGUCAGCAGCCCCAUUCAUCCUAUAACAUGGCGCAAGGUCGGAAAUCUCACUAGAAAAUACGCCAUCGAAUCUCCGUCGAAAUACGUAAUGUGGUACCCGGACUUCACAUUCAGAACAAAUAGAUUCAUUCACUACAUCGUAGCGGCUGCGCUGCACUUUUUACCCGCGUUCAUCGUGGAUGUUAUAUUGAGAGUGCAAGGUAGCAGACCUAUAAUGAUGCAGAUCACUAAGCGUUUCGAACGUGCCGCGAAAAAUGGCGAAUUUUUCGCGAUGAACGAGUGGAAAUUUCACGCGGACAAUAUGAAAAAGUUGAAAACCAUCGUGAAAGAAUCCGAAAAUUGUAAUCACUUUAACGUUGAUAUCAGAAGUUUGGAUUGGGACAAAUACAUGCAGCGCUACAUACUGGGAAUCAGGACGUACAUCAUGAAAGACAGUCUAGACACGCUGAGCAACGCUCGAAAUCGUUUAUCAAAGUUGUAUUGGAUACAGAAAAUAACCAAACUGUUCAGUAUAUUUUUAUUAAUAAGACUGAUCAAACUCAUUAGUAAAUGAUAUUAUCCGAUCUGCGGGUCCUACAGAUCGCAAUUCACAUAAUUCCAAGAGAGCGUUUCUUACAAGAAUAUGAUGGGAAAAAAAACUAUUUUUUAAUAUAAACACACAGUGUGUUUUUAUAUUACACAUGAAAAAAACGAGCUGUUUUGAAACGAGUAUUAAUUCGAUUAUUACAGAGAAAAGAGAAUGAAACUAUUUACCUAUAAAAUAUUUUUUUAAACUGUGUACAUAUUUCACACACGUGUGU